UCCUCCGAGAUGCUCUACUAGGCUUGUAGCAUAGUGCUUCCUUCUUUUUAUCUCCAUCAUCCUUGCAGACUCAUCGUCCAAAUCAUCUAGAAAACUUCUCUGUUUUACAGUUGCAAAUCUUCCUAUAUAUUCUCUCUAGUACCUAUCGAAUAAUAAUAUUAAUGGCUCAUAUACACCUCCUAGGCUCCUACGAUUGAGUGAGAGUGUUCGUGACUCUCACGAUCAACAAACUAGUUUACCAAACAUGUCCAUAUGAUAACUCCUUAGAACUAGAAACCCUUUUCCAGAGUUCAUAGAAUUCACAAAAAACAACCACCAUGGCUGUAAACAUAGUUCAGAGCAAACCCGUUUUCAUAUGCGGAUUAGCGAUGGCUCUGUUAAUGGUUUGGACUCUCUGGUCUUCAGUUAUGUCUUGGGCAACCAUGUUAGACGUGACUAAGACGAAUAUCACACCGGCACAAGACGGCGCCGCCACACAAAACUGCACCACGGCGGCGCGUGGAGUCGACCCGAUUGACCCGACUUUCUACGACGACCCGGAAGUGAGCUACUCGAUAGAGAAACCGAUCAAGGACUGGGACGAGAAGAGGAGGGAGUGGCUGAAGCAUCAUCCUUCGUUCGCUGCCGGAGCCGAGGAUCGGGUUUUUGUCCUCACGGGAUCGCAGCAGUGGCCGUGUAAGAACCCGAUCGGCGAUCAUUUGCUUCUGAGGCUUUUCAAGAAUAAAGUUGAUUACUGUCGAAUCCACGGGUACGAUGUUUUCUACAAUAAUGCCUUGCUGCACCCGAAUAUGGCCGCUUAUUGGGCCAAGAUACCGGUUGUUCGGGCGACAAUGGUGGCCCACCCGGAAGCGGAGUGGAUCUUUUGGGUUGAUUCGGAUGCUGUGUUUACUGAUAUGGGUUUUAAGCCACCGUUGGAGAGGUAUAAAAGCCAUAACCUGGUGGUGGAUGGAUGGCCCAACUUGAUCUACGAGAAGAAGAGUUGGAUCGGUGUGAACGCAGGGGUGUUCUUGAUCCGAAAUUGUCAGUGGUCUAUGGAGUUUUUAGAUGUGUGGGCCAGUAUGGGCCCACAGACCCCGAACUAUGAAAAAUGGGGUCAAAUCUUAACUUCAACACUCACAGAUAAGAUGUAUCCGGUUUCAGACGAUCAAUCAGCUCUAGUUUAUUUGCUUCUGAAAGAGAAGGACAAGUGGGGGAGGAAGAUUUACGUAGAGAAUGAGUACACGUUGAGUGGGUAUUGGGCUGGCAUAGUGGACUCACUGGAUAGAAUUGAAGAUAGUUAUGAUGAGAGAAGAGAGAAUGGAGUGAGCAAUUUGAGGAGACGGCAUGCUGAGAAGGUAAGUGAAGCAUAUGUUGAGGAGGGGGGAGGUGGUGGCGGAGUUAGGCGGCCGUUUGUUACGCAUUUUACUGGGUGUCAACCGUGUAGUGGGGAUCACCCGGGUUACACCGAUGAGGCCUGCUGGAACGGGAUAGAGAAAGCUUUGAAUUUCGCUGAUAACCAGGUGCUUCGUAAUUACGGCUUCGUGCGCCCUGACCUACUCAAUACCUCCUCCCCCUUGCCUGUGCAGUUUGAUUUUCCAUCAUAAAAGAUCAUUUAAAAAAUAGUGGUAAUUUUUAUUUUUAUUUUUAUUAAGCAAGUACUAUAGGGAACAAAAUGUGUAGUCUAUUGUUCAUGUAUUGUUUUUUUUUUGGUUAACUAAAAUGACUGUUACCCUGGUGUUUCAAUGUUAAUCACCCUCUUAAGUA